CAGAAGAUAGAUAGUAGCAUGAAUACGGUUGAAGGAAAGCAACAGCCAACUAAAGGACACAUCAAGCAAAAGGGAAGGAACAAGGAAGAUAAAACCCAGGGGGGCAAACAAAAAGAUGGCCCAGCCAACUAA